AGAGUGAUGCAGUGACCACGUGGUUCCCUUAGCUAAAAUGGCGGCAGCAGUCAGCCCGACGUCUCUGGAGUCGGCCCCACGGAUCAUGCGGCUGGUGGCGGAGUGCAGCCGAUCCAGGGCCCGGGCAGGGGAGCUACGGCUGCCGCACGGGCCGGUAGCCACUCCGGUGUUCAUGCCAGUGGGCACGCAGGCCACUAUGAAGGGCAUCACGGCCGAGCAGCUGGACGCUCUGGGCUGCCGCAUCUGCCUGGGCAACACCUAUCAUCUGGGUCUGAGGCCGGGCCCCGAGCUGAUCCAGAAAGCCCACGGUCUCCACGGCUUCAUGAACUGGCCCCACAAUCUACUGACGGACAGCGGCGGCUUCCAGAUGGUGUCUCUGGUGUCCCUUUCCGAGGUGACGGAGGAGGGCGUCCGCUUCCGUUCCCCUUACGAUGGCGACGAGACCCUUCUGAGCCCGGAGAAGUCCGUGGAGAUCCAGAACGCUUUAGGCUCGGACAUCAUCAUGCAACUAGAUGAUGUGGUCAGCAGUACUGUGACAGGGCCACGCGUGGAGGAGGCUAUGUACAGGUCCAUCCGCUGGCUGGACCGGUGCAUCGCAGCCCAUCAGCGACCAGACAAGCAAAACCUCUUUGCCAUCAUCCAGGGUGGUCUAGACGCGGAUCUCCGGACCACCUGCCUCGAAGAGAUGACCAAGAGGGACGUGCCGGGCUUCGCCAUCGGGGGCCUGAGCGGGGGCGAAAGCAAGGGCCAGUUCUGGAGGAUGGUGGCGCUGAGCACCUCAAGGCUGCCUAAGGACAAGCCUCGCUACCUGAUGGGGGUCGGCUAUGCCACCGAUCUGGUGGUCUGCGUGGCUCUCGGAUGUGACAUGUUCGACUGCGUCUUCCCCACGCGGACGGCGCGCUUUGGCUCAGCUUUGGUGCCCACCGGGAACCUGCAGCUGAAGAAGAAGCAGUAUGAGAAGGACUUCCGGCCCAUAGACAACGACUGUGCCUGUCCCACCUGCCAGAAGCACAGCCGGGCCUUCCUGCACGCUCUGCUGCACAGUGACAACACGGCCGCCCUGCAUCACCUCACCGUCCACAAUAUUGCCUACCAGCUGCAGCUGAUGAGCGCCGUGAGGGCCAGCAUCGUGGAGAAGCGCUUCCCUGACUUUGUCCGGGACUUCAUGGGCACCAUGUACGGGGACCCCACCCUCUGUCCCACCUGGGCCACUGAAGCCCUGGCCUCGGUGGGGAUCACUCUGAGUUGAUCUGGUUUGGGGGGGCAGGAGGAGAGGGACUGGGAGGUACCGAAGGAUUUUUUUUAUUAUUAUUAUUAUUCUAAUUUAGAGUGUUAUCUGUGCCUUCUUGGGAAGGUGGCCUGUCUUGGUCCUCUUCUUCUGAGUGUCCCUGUAGCCAAUGUGUCAUUGCCAUGUUGUGUCCAGUUCCAUGCCCCCCCCCCGCUCCCCCCAUUGAUAAUAAUAAUAAGUGACCUUGGCAAUAGCUGUUCUCUGGAAACCAUCUGGCGCAGCCUGGCAUGUAGGACGUACCCCAGCACAGGAGAUGCGUCCUUUUUCCCGUGGCUCAGGCCCCCCAGCCAGCCUGAGGGUGGGUACUUGUUCCCCAACUUUCCACAGGUGAGGAAAUAGGCAGAGAGGGAAAGUAGCUUGUCCAAGGUCACCACUGAGAGGAAGCCCCUGGCUCCGGAGCUCCUGCUCUGAGCCUUGACUCUUGACGCAUGGCUUAAUUUUGCUGUCAGUAAACACAGUGAUGGUGACAGUAGGUGUGAUCUAGCAGAUGCUUACGCUGUUGUUGUUGUUGUUGUUGUUUUAAGAUUUUAUUUAUUUAUUUGACAGAGAGAGAUCACAAGUAGGCAGAGAGGCACACAGAGAGGGGGAAGCAGGCUCCCCGCUGAACAGAGAGCCCAAUGUGGGGCUUGAUCCUAGGACUCUGAGACCAUGACCUGAGUAGAAGGGAGAGGCUUAACCCACUGAGCCACCCAGGCACUCCCCUAGUACUGUUCUAAGUAGUGCUUUGUGUGUUUAAUUCUUGCAACUUUGUAAAGCAUUUGUAGCUGCAGUCCCAUGUUACUGAUGAGACAGGUUCAGAGGAAUGAAGUGAGCAAAAAAAUAGGCACAUGAUCUAACCUAGAUGGGGCCAAUUAUAGAGCUGGUGCUCUUAGAAGAGAAGAUAAUGGGUUUUUAUAUUGAAAAGGUAAUCCUGUGUACAAUGUGUAGGAUCCAGUAUUCUAAUAGCAUAAAAAUGAAACUAUUUGAUCGGUUUGUGUAUUCUCCCAGAGAUUUUCCAUGUAUAUAUAUUUUUCAAGAAUGCGGGCGCCCUUUGUGUGCAAUUCUGUACCUUUUUUUUUCCCCUCUGAGUAUAUUUCAAAUUGUUUACACGUCAGAACAUGAAGACUUCCUGUCUUA